AUGUCCAUGGUAGCAAACUGCUCAUCGGAUCCCCUCCGUAUCCGGAAGCUCCGGAUGCUCGCUACUGCUGGCUUGUCUUCCUACAUCUAUCACAUUAUGCCUCAGAGGAGGAGUCACCCUCCAACCAAUAAUCAUUGCUGUAAGUUUUCUCAGGACUUUGGAUGAGGCCUAUGAAUUAGUAAGUAACCCUAUUCCUGUCAGUGCUAAUGGGUUUAAACAGUGAAGAAUGUCGCGGAUCAGCAGAAACAUCGAUCGGGGUCGAGGUGGAACCCCACGAGGGAGCAGCUCAAGGAGCUGGAGGAGAUUUACAAAAGGGGAACACGUACGCCGCCGGCGCACCAGAUACAGCUUAUCGCCGCUGAGCUCCGCCGCUACGGCAGGAUCGAGGGGAAGAACGUAUUCUACUGGUUCCAGAAUCACAAGGCGAGGGAGCGCCAGCGGCUGCGCCGGCAGCUUGAGGCAGAUAGCCCUCCGGAAAAUUCCAACCGACAGGAUCUGGGUGCUGUUCUAACGCCAACAUGA